AUGGGGAAGAAGGUGAAGGCUAAGCCCAAGAACCCGCGGAAAGCGCAUGAACGGGAUCUUCCAGCCUCAUCCUCGGAGGUUGGACCUGGUGAUGCAGCAUCGCAGGAUGCAAGCCACUCAGCAGAGGAAGCAGCUGCUUCAGCUAGUGGCCGGGAGCAUUGCGGCCACUACGGGCGUGACAAUGCCCACUUGGACAAGGUCCUCCUGGAGAUCUUGUCUUCCAAGCACGUUGCGUCAUGUGAGCACUGCCGAGAAGAUGCCCCAAGAAAGAAAGAUGGUGCUGGGGGUAAGCAGAAGAAGAAAGGAGGCACCUCCAAAGGCGCUACUGCCAAGGCGCAGGCAAAGGCGGACAAAAGUGAUACGUGGGUCUGCUUGGACUGUGGUCGGCAUUUUUGUGGUGGUGCAGUAGAGGAUACCAAGCCCUAUGGCCAUGCCAGACGGCAUGCUAAGCAGGACCGGCAUUGGUGGGCUGCAAGGUAUGAUGACCCAACAGUUGCUUAUUGUUUGUCAUGUGAAAAGGAGGUGUCAAUUGAGAUGCCCAAAUUAGAGACAGUUGUUGCAGCAGCAGUGGAAGAUAAGGUGGCUGGUGCAGAGGAUACUGAUUCAUGGCGUUUGAUUAACCCCGAUGCUAAUGUGAUCAAAGGGCUGCCAAAUCUGGGAAAUACAUGCUUCUUCAAUGCAGUGCUGCAGAGCCUCCUCGCGGUUGAUAGGCUGCGCAGGAAGAUGUUAGGACCAGAUGUUCCUACAGGGGCCCUUGCUAUGUCACUGAAGAAGCUUUUUGCAGAGACAAGUGCUUCAAAUCAUGCAGGAGGCGCGCUAAGCCCGAAGAACCUUUUCUCAAGCAUUUGCUCAAAAUAUCCGCAGUUCAGGGGCUACCAGAUGCAGGAUAGUCAUGAAUUGCUCCGUUGUUUUCUUGAUGGUUUGCGUACAGAGGAAACUGAAGCACGGAAGCUAGCGGAGGAAGCUUCAGAUGCAAGGGUUCCCACAAUUGUGGAUUCCAUUUUUGGGGGUCAGCUGUCUAGUACUGUGUCCAGCACAGAAUGCUCACACAGUUCCGUUAAACAUGAUCAAUUCCUUGAUCUCUCACUACCAGUUCCAUCAAGGAAGCCUCCAACCAAGAGUGUUUCAUCACCACCAGCAAAGAGGACCAAACAAUCCAUACGAGAUAGGAACAAAAGCCGCAGAUACGGGAAGGUUCCAGCUCGAGCAUCUCCUUCAGUAGAGAGUAAAGAACAGAUCCAAACAAUUGCUGAGCGCAACAAUUCCCAAAUUCCUGGUUCAGAACUCGAACAGGUAGUCAGCGAGAAAGAGGCUGAGCCCUCUGGAUGCAGUGAGUCAUGUGGUUCUGUGUCUAAUCAAGAACAAAAUGCCACUACGAAUGUGGAGAAUAGCAUCUGCUGGUUGGAUUAUGUCGCCGAUGCGGAUGAAACAAAAUCUGAGAUUCUUGAUUCUGCAGAUUCUACUGGAACAGGACAAAUUUGGGAAUGCAGGGAUGCAACAGAUGGUCCCUUGCACCCUCAGGAUGAUGCUCUACCCAAAGAGCAGUUCUUGGGUUCUGAGCACUCAGGUGAGAACACUGUUGAUGAUGAUGCCUCCUUACAGACUGUUAUCUUACUUCCUUACAAAGAAAUUGGUACCACUGCCAAGGAAAGGGAUGAAACCAUUGAAAAUUCGUAUAAUUCUGAAUGUGCAGUUCCUCCUCUAGUUAUUUCUCCAGUAACCGAAAAUAAUACACAACCUGGAUAUUGUGGAGAUGUGGAGCAAGAUGACUAUGUUGGUCUUGGUGAUAUGUUCAAUGAACCAGAAGUUACUUCUGAAGUCAAGAAAGAAGCUUGUAAAGUAGAAGAUAUUGAUGUAAUGGCUUGGAGUAGUAACAGUGCUGAUGAUGAGGUAGAUGAUAGUAAUGCUCCUGUAUCAGUUGAGGGCUGCUUGGCUUUGUAUACUGAACCAGAGCUGCUGUCUGAGCCAUGGCUGUGUGAGCACUGUACUAAUGCUGCACGCGUAAAAGCUGAUGAAAGGAAAAAUGUCAUGGAGAUGACGGACGGAGCUAAUGAAAUAAAGGAUGGUGAGGAGAUGAUGGCAGGUGGUGAUGGAAGAAAAGAUGGUGAAAAGUUGAUCAUGAGCUGCAGCAAACAGGAGGGCAUUGAUCAGGUUAUGGGAACUGAUGGUUGCAAAAAGGACAUUGAUCAGAUUAUGGCAACUGGUGAUUGCUCUGACAACGUACAUUCUUAUAUGCAUUGCAAGGAAGACACAGAAAAUACUUCUAUGCAGAGAUCUGGUGCAGUCUUCACUAUGAAUGAGACUGAACAGUCGAGCAAUCAGGCCAGCCACAAGGAACAGUGUAUGGAUUUGAAAAGCUUAGAAAUUGAGUCCUCAUCUUUGAAUAACCAACAACAUGAUUCACCUAUCCAAUAUAAUGAUGGUCAUAAUGUGGAUAUAACCUCUAAAGCAGCAAGUGCACCACUGAGUUGUGGUGGUGAUUCCGUGUCUUGCAAUGCAACUAACAAUGUUGAAGCUCAACCUGUUGGUGGUACUGAAGAAGUUGUGUCGAGUAGCCUUCCAUCAGAUGCACAAAAAACCUUGCUGGGUGCAAAAGAUAAUGAAGAUGCCAUCACAAAGAAUCAAGGCAGGAGGAAGCGAAUGAAGAUGGUUGGUAAGGCACAGCUAGUGCAAGAUAACCAAAAUAAGAAGAAAGAGGAUGAGACACAGGUUUUCAGAGCUGCAUUGAGAAGAAUUCUUAUAAACAAGGCUCCACCUGUAUUGACGAUUAACUUGAACAGAUUCAGCCAGGAUUCUCAUGGUCGAUAUAAGAAACUGAAAGGACAUGUGCACUUUAAGGAGAUGCUUGAUAUACAACCAUUCAUGGACCCAAGAUGUAAGGAGAACAACACCAGCACCUAUCGUCUAGUUGGUGUUGUCGAGCACUUGGGAACCAUGACGGGAGGUCAUUAUAUUGCAUUUUGCAUCCCGUAUCAUUUCAGCCUGGCAGCUGUUCAAAAACUCUAUUGGAUUGCAACAGACUGCACGACUACGGUGUCCAGCUUGAUUGUUGGCUUGCAACUGCAAAAAGCAAAGUGGAGUGCCGCUGACAGCGUAAAGCGCAGCUGGGUUACUGCUGGUGUGCUUGAACCUGCUGCCAGCCAGCGUUGA